AUGGAGAGGAGGAGGAAGAUGGCGGGAGGGCGGCUCUGAGGAGUCCUCGGCGGCGGCGGAGGAGGAGAGAAACUGAGCACCGCGCCGCGCCGGGGCCCAUGUGGGGAGGAGUCGGAAUCGCUGUUGCCGCCGCCGCCGCUGCCGCCGCCUGUAACUGCUGGACCCGAGCGGGAGUGAGGGGGAAACGUCAGGAUGAAGUUCGCUGAGCACCUCUCCGCGCACAUCACUCCCGAGUGGAGGAAGCAAUACAUCCAGUAUGAGGCUUUCAAGGAUAUGUUAUAUUCAGCUCAGGACCAGGCACCUUCUGUGGAAGUUACAGAUGAGGACACAGUAAAGAGGUAUUUUGCCAAGUUUGAAGAAAAAUUUUUUCAAACCUGUGAAAAAGAACUUGCCAAAAUCAACACAUUUUAUUCAGAAAAGCUCGCAGAGGCUCAGCGCAGGUUUGCCACCCUUCAGAAUGAGCUUCAGUCAUCACUGGAUGCGCAGAAAGAAAGCACUGGUGUCACUACGCUGCGACAGCGCAGAAAGCCAGUCUUCCACCUGUCUCAUGAGGAACGUGUUCAACACAGGAACAUUAAAGACCUUAAACUGGCCUUCAGCGAGUUCUACCUCAGUCUUAUCCUGCUGCAGAACUAUCAGAAUCUGAAUUUUACAGGGUUUCGAAAAAUCCUUAAAAAACAUGACAAGAUCUUGGAAACAUCUCGUGGAGCAGAUUGGCGAGUAGCUCAUGUAGAAGUGGCCCCAUUUUAUACAUGCAAGAAAAUCAACCAGCUCAUCUCUGAAACUGAGGCCGUAGUGACCAAUGAACUUGAAGAUGGUGACAGACAAAAAGCUAUGAAACGUUUACGUGUUCCCCCUUUGGGAGCUGCUCAGCCUGCACCAGCAUGGACUACUUUUAGAGUUGGCCUAUUUUGUGGAAUAUUCAUUGUAUUGAAUGUUACCCUUGUGCUUGCCGCUAUAUUUAAACUUGAAACAGAUAGAAGUAUAUGGCCCUUGAUAAGAAUCUAUCGGGGUGGCUUUCUUCUGAUUGAAUUCCUUUUCCUACUGGGCAUCAACACGUAUGGUUGGAGACAAGCUGGAGUAAAUCAUGUGCUCAUCUUUGAACUUAAUCCAAGAAGCAAUUUGUCUCAUCAGCAUCUCUUUGAGAUUGCUGGAUUCCUUGGAAUAUUGUGGUGCCUGAGCCUUCUGGCGUGUUUCUUUGCUCCAAUUAGUGUCAUCCCCACAUACGUGUACCCACUUGUUCUUUAUGGAUUUAUGGUUUUCUUUCUUAUCAACCCCACCAAAACUUUCUAUUAUAAAUCCCGGUUUUGGCUGCUUAAACUGCUGUUUCGAGUAUUUACAGCCCCCUUCCAUAAGGUAGGCUUUGCUGAUUUCUGGCUGGCCGAUCAGCUGAACAGCCUGUCAGUGAUACUGAUGGACCUGGAAUAUAUGAUCUGCUUCUACAGUUUUGAGCUCAAAUGGGAUGAAAGUGGGGGCCUGUUGCCAAAUAAUUCAGCAGAGCCAGAAAUUUGCCACAAAUAUUCAUAUGGUGUGCGGGCCAUUGUUCAGUGCAUUCCUGCUUGGCUUCGCUUCAUCCAGUGCCUGCGUCGAUACCGAGACACAAAAAGGGCCUUUCCUCAUUUAGUUAAUGCUGGGAAAUACUCUACAACUUUCUUCAUGGUGACGUUUGCGGCCCUUUACAGCACUCACAAAGAACGAGAUCACUCAGACACCAUGGUAUUUUUUUACCUGUGGGUUGUCUUUUGUAUCAUCAGUUCCUGUUACACCCUCAUCUGGGAUCUGAAGAUGGACUGGGGUCUCUUUGAUAAGAAUGCAGGAGAAAACACCUUCCUCCGGGAAGAGAUUGUAUACCCCCAAAAAGCCUAUUACUACUGUGCCAUCAUAGAGGAUGUGAUACUGCGCUUUGCUUGGACUAUCCAAAUCUCAGUUACCUCCACGACUUUGUUGCCUCAUUCAGGGGACAUCAUUGCUACUGUCUUUGCUCCCCUUGAAGUUUUCCGGCGAUUUGUGUGGAACUUCUUCCGCUUGGAGAAUGAACAUCUCAAUAACUGUGGUGAGUUCCGCGCCGUGCGGGACAUCUCUGUGGCCCCUCUGAACGCUGAUGAUCAGACGCUUCUGGAGCAGAUGAUGGACCAAGAUGACGGAGUACGGAACCGCCAGAAGAAUCGACCGUGGAAGAACAGCCAGAGCAUAUCCCUGCGCCGGCCUCACCUUGCUUCUCAAUCCAAGGCUCGUGACACUAAGGUAUUGAUAGAAGACACAGAUGAUGAAGCUAACACUUGAAUUCUCUGAAGUCUAGAUUAACACCCUUGGUUUUCCUACUCUACAAUUCUUUCCUCGACCAACGCAACCUCUAGUACCUUUCCAGCCGAAAACAGGAGAAGACACAUGACACAUUUUCCGAGCUCUUCCAGAUCGGAUCCUAUGGACUCCAAACAAGCUCACUGUGUUUCUUUUCUUUUGGUUUAAUUUUCAUUUUCUAUUUUUAAAACAAAUACUUCAUUUUGCCAAUCAGAGGACAUUUUAAGGAACAAAAACAGUAUCUUAUGGAUUGUUUACAAUCACAAGGACACAGAUACCUAUCAGGAUGAAGAACAGGCAUUGCAAGGACCCUCUGAUGGGACGGUACUGAGAUACCUUGGCUUCUGCUUGGCCCGGUUUUGACUGGUUGAAACCGGACAUGGUUUUUAAAUUUUUUGUCAGUUUAUGUGGAUAAUUUUUUCCUUUCCUUCAUACCCAGCGCAAAAGCACUGGCUGCACUUGCAGGGAAAGUGCAACUUAGAGCAGUACCUUCAUUCAUGAAGCUACUUUUUAAUUUGAUGUAACUUUUCUUAUUUGGGGGAGGGUUGC